AUGACUGGGCGAAGGCCAGCUCCGGUCCCGAGGCAAGCCCCUCGCAGACCCCUUGCGGAGAAGAACACGAUAGCCAAUACAAAUCCCACUCAACAGGAUACUGCAGCGGCUGGUCCCUCCAAACCCAGAAUUGCCGGAGCGCGAUGGGCGCCCGCCACAAGGAGCGCAUCCGUCGCACCGACAGAGAACAAGGAGCCAAGCCCGGCGGCUGAUGUGCAACGAGCUGUAUGCAUGACACGCUCUCCUCAAUGGCCUUCUGUGGAUCUUGCAGCCUCAUCAUCGACCAAGCGCAUACAUGCGGAUCAAGAAGCCGCUAUCACACCCGCCGCCGCUUCAGCCGAGCGACCGGUCUCUAGGCUUCCUAAGCCCAUCAUUUCGGAGAAGCGACAGAAACUUGCUACCCUGCAGCCUGCUCCAACUCCUGUGCACCCUGUACCUCGCACGCCCAGGAAGCGUGCAGUACCGCAGGACGAUGUACAUUGCCGCAACAGGGUGCAGGCCGGCCAACAUGACGAAAUGGACGACCUGGCUACUGCGACGGGUGAAAGCCCCAACAAGCGAAGCCGCUCGUCGAAGGAAGACUCAGAUAGCAGCUCUCAUCGCCGCCGCAUGGCAACGGACGAGUCGCAGAAAAACUCAGAAAGCACCACAGCAAGCGUGACAGGUCACCUGGUCGAAGUUACAAUGCAUGAUCAGCCUCAAGAGCUUGUCCAACCGUCAUCAAAUGCGCAACACGGAUCCCGCAUACAUUCUCAGCUGGCGCGUACUCUCGCAGACGUGAAGCAGCAAGAAGCGGCGCGCAGUCCCAAGACUUCUCAGCCCGCACCUGUAACCACAUCUCGCUUCCUCAAGCAGUCCGGUGCAAAGACGCACGACAGCGCGUCACGCGAAGCAAGCAAAAGGGAAGCCGACGGAGAGUGGAGGAGAAAGUACGCCAAGAGCUUCCCAACCUUCAUCCUCUACUUUGACGAGUUGAGUCCUUCGGACCUGGUCGAAGCAAGCACAAAUGCCAAGCGAUUUGGCGCGGUGAGUCUUGCUCCUUUGAGGUUCUACGAAGCCGCGCGAGCUGACAUGCGUUAGCGCCCGCGCGCCAGAUCGUGGCCCCGUUCUUCUCCAAAGACGUCACCCACCUCGUGUCGGCGCACAAGCAUCAGUCGCGGCGAGCUCCAGAACCGCUGCGGCAGGCACUCCUCAAGGCGACUCCAGGCGAUUCUUUCGAAACACGGGCCAACCAUGAAGCUGAACGGUCUACAAGGUCGGCGCAUCGCCCCGGUGCAACAAAGCUGGCACGUGAAUCGAGACAGUGAGCAUCGCGCGUGCGCGAGUUGAGCAUAUAUACAACCUUUCUCAUUUGACCGCUCUUCGCUCUUCAUCCAGGCAACCACUGCACUCUGGGAGCAACCCUUUCGAGGAGGCAACGCCUGCUCCUCCCGAAAGCUCCAUUGUCAAAAAAGCCCGCGACUUCAACAUUCGUGUAUGGUCCCAUGAAAGUAUGUAGGAGACAAUGGCGCCCGAAGAUUCGUUUCGCUGAUACUUGACACCGCUGCCGUCCGCUUGUGUAGAAUUCUGCAGCAUCAUUGCGGCGCUCGACGGAGCCCAAGUGCCCGCUCAAGCUCACGAUCCUGACAAGCGUCGCCGCAAUCUCUCGCAGAUGCUACAGCAGGAGAAGCUGCAAGGGACCUCGGAGCGCGACCCUACUGCACCACGCUCCGACUAUCACUACUUUGACAAGAAUAGCUGCUACAUUCUGGUAGAAGAUGCCACCUGCGAGCACCGAGUCCUUUUCACGCAAGAGUUCAAGCGCCCCAGAGCCGACGAAGACCCACCGUGGCCCAAAUUGUACGGUCAACGCGAGGGUCGGUGCCCCUUCACACGAUGGGAGUCGAGGCCAAAUGCACGCGCGACUGCGAAUCGCCAUGAGACUCUGAGACGUACUAGGUCGAUGACUGACGUGGCGCGAGGAGCUGUAUCUUCGAGGCUCAAACACGGAAGCCACUCGCCACAGCCAGUGCCCUUCAAUUUGGAAAAGGCUCGGCCUGAAGCAGCCUCGAUGCGCGGAGCCUCGCCCUAUCCAAUGGCCUCAGGCAACAGCAUCGCUUUGACGUCCAACAUCCACUCGACGACUUCCACAGCUGCCGGCACUCACACCAUUGGGUUUGCGGGUCAGGGAGCUCUUGAUCGCAGACUGGUGACCCUGACUGAUCGUGGACUUCCUAGCCCAUUGGCUGGCCCAGCAGGGAGCGCCGUGGCUUCAGCACUCCCCCGUCACAUGACCUUUGCCAGUCAUAUCUCUCCCAGAGGCAUCAUGCGUCGCGCCGUGAGUACCGCGACCGGCCUAGCCCAAAGGCAAGCCCUGGCGGCGAAAGACAAGGAGGCACCAAAGUCCAAGCCUGGCAACUGCGAGAAUUGCAGAACAAAGUACGACGACUUUGAUGAGGUGAGUCGCCAUUGUACAAAGAAUCUGCGCUGUCAGCCACGCUGAUAGACCUUAACUCUGAUGCCUUCUGCAGCACGUCGCUUCGAACAAGCACCGCCGAUUUGCUCUCAACGACAGUAACUUUGUGGAGCUGGACGAAUUUUUGGCAGGCGUCGAACGUCAGUCUGCGCUGUGGUGUGUCGAGAUGAUGGAGGAAGCGGAGCGCUAUCGCGAAGAUACGGGAGAAUACACUGACGAGCUGCAGGAGGAUGUCAUGGACGUUAGCGAAAGUUUUGGCACUUCCUGGCCGGUUGCCGAAGAUGACUACAUGACGGAUGGAACGAGUGGUACGAACCAGUACACCAAUAUCAUGGAGGAUCCAUCUAUGGACAACACGGACAACACCAGCACGAGCACUCACACUAGUCCAGAUGCGCAACGAAGCCGCGGAGUGCCAGAACCCAAAAUGUCUCGCGAUGCCGGCGAUCGACCUACCAGUCGGAUCGAACAUGCCGACGUGCACGAUUCACUCGGCCUGCACGGGACAGGCGUGCCUUCGGCUCCUGGCUCAGAUUCGAAGUCAGACUCUUGCGGCUAG